CCAAUCCCAGACAAGCCGACGAGCUUUUUAUGCCCGUCUGCACGCAAUGGCUGGAUUAGGAUUGCCGAAAUUUAGUAGAAAUGCAAACACCGUCCCGAGUCCGGGUGAUCUGAGUGACGUGGAACGACUCGAAGACUUCCCAGAAGCUGACUUCAGAGGCAUGACGCUUUCUCUUAGCCAGGAAACGACUGAGGCCGUUUCCCCGAUACAACCGUCGGCGGAUCAGCACGGCGUCGAUGUAUCGUGCCUGGGUUCCACUCGCUGCCGAGCAGAUGCAGGUAGUUUGGAUGGGAAUUCCGGGAGCACUGCCGAAAAUGCGUCCACUGCGUCGACGUCAAGCAUUGUGCGGCAGUUCUCUCGGGAGCUGUCAGAGGAGGAGACAAAGGAGUACUUCUCAGUACGGGAAGGCGCCGUGGAGAAAGCGGCAGAGCAGUGCAGUCCGGUGCUUAUGAAACACCUCGACGGUGAACUCAGGGGUGUCUGGCUGCUGACAGAGAUUGACCACUGGGACACGGAGAAAGAGCGGCUCCUGUUCCUGACCGACUACAGCCUGAUCGUGCUCAAGUAUGACUUCAUCACCCUCAAGCUGCUCGAGUACCGGCGGCUGCACCUCAAGACAUUUGACGUGGUGCAAGUGGGCCUACUGACCUACCCAAACAAGUCGUUCAUGCCGAAGCUCAGUUCCGUGAUGGACACAGUCCGCAAUCGGCUGGUGUCCCCGAGGCGUCGGGGUGGCAGUGGCUUGCCCCAUGCUGCUGCGCCCCCUGGCCAAGACGUGCUCGCAGGCUGUGGCGAUUUCGAGGCAGAGGAGGCCACGCCACUCUUUCCUGCUGCCUCUGCUCUCUCCUCCUCUUCUUCUCCUAACAGUCCUCGCAACCAGGAAGGAGUCCGUUGCAUGUGGGACCAGGGCACCCAGCUGCCUGUCCUUAAGGACUGGAACCCAUGGUGCCGCGAGAUCCCCUGGGUGACAUUCACAUCGCAUCACCUGCGGACCACCCCGGUGGGCAGCUCCCACCACGAUGUGGGCCUCUUUUCGCGUGCCCUGGUCGAGGCAGUGACGCAGCUGGACGCUGCGCAGGCUCCACCUGCGUCACUGGUGCGCUGCACCCCGUGCCGCGUCCUGUACGAGCCUAUUGUCGUGUGCAGCUACCUGGGCGUGGCCGCGGCCUUCCGCAACACCACCCAACUGGGCUUCUUCAAGGCGCGUGGCAAGGUCAGCUUCUGAGCUCUGCGCUUUUGUUGCUCUGCCGUCUCCUGCUCUGGUCACAUUGCUGGCGGAGCAGCACAAGCGCCAUCGACGGAGGGAAUGACCGGGUGGACAUAGGCUGCCGAGUGAGUGAGCAGAACUAUGUCUGUGUGCAGAAUGCCACAGGGUGUGGAGCAGCCCAACGAAACUGAGCAUAUAAAUUAGGCCUCGAGUGGCGGGUGGUUGACUGAAAAACUGUGCAGUGAAAGCAAAUGACUGGCUUGAUGUAAACUGUUGAUGGUGAAACAGAAACUCCGCAUUCAGGCAGUCGGAAUGCAGGGAACUUGAGACAGAAUUGGGAGUUACAUUGGUGGCGGCAGUAUGGAAGAACAAAUGAAGACCAGGUGGCAUGACAGGUGCCACCCAGCGGUUUAGGCCCCAAAACUUUUUCUUUACUACGUCAUGUACAUGAGUUGACACGAACCGAUGAUAUACGCAUGUCAUGUAUGCCCCGGGGUUGCCAACAAUAUGCGAGUAGGCAGGCGGAUCUGGUUGUGAUUGCCGGCCAGUGCGGGGUAGCACUGGGCUUCGAUUACUUGUCGCUUUUGAAUGCUGUCUUUUGUGGAGAGGAUUGGAUCAGACAGCGGGGACCAUGAGAAAAAAAAAACGCAAGAAGUGAUGAGCGUUGUCUUGAAGUUAAUCGGAACCAUCAUUCCACACAGAAAGGGGCUGUAUGCAUUUUUGCUGGACCCUGUGCCGACUGCUCUCCGCAUUCAUGUAUGUUCAAUUUAGCAUGGGGACGUGUCGGGGGUGAUCCACCACGUCCAGGAGAUGUGCCAGCGAUGACCAAAUGCAGCUUCAAGCAGCGUUUGUUGAGAAUUCAGGGAGGCGAUGGCAAUCAGUAAAGCUGUGUUUGCCGAGUGGGCAGAGGCUGUUCACAUUACGAGCCUCUAGAAUGUGUCUUUCUUGUUAUUGCUUGGGUGGGAACUGCUGUGAACCCUGCUUAUGCUUUCCACUCUGAAGCAUUUUGGAUUCCUUAUCCUCACAUUUGAGGUUUUGUGAAUUUGGCUGGUGGGCUAGGGGAAUGGUUUGUAACGUGACUGGUGGAGGUGUGCAACACCAAAGUGUAAGUUACACGGCUGUGCUCAUUGUGGAGCCCUUGAUUGAGUUGCACUAGAGCUUUUGCUGUGCCAUGUGCAAGUGUUCGAGACACCGUAUUGUUUGUUCUCUGGGCUGUGCCUGUGUACAGGCUUUGUUAGCAUGAAACAUUCCGAAUGAGAGCACACAACAAAGGCACGUUUAAGUCAUCGACAUAGUGGAAGAGCGGGCAGGCAUCUUAUGCUGCAUGUUGUCAUGUUGAAAAGGCUGCCCUCAUGCCAUGUCCUUAGCCCUGAAGUUGUGUCUGUGACGAGCACUGCAGUAUGCAGCGCAGCAUAAAGAUGCCAACAGCGGUGUCUGCAGACUGAGAGAGGCAGCUCAUAAGCCAGGCUGCUGUCGUUGCUCUCUGUGGCUAGUGGGUUAUGUAUGUAUAGAGAAACCAUUUGUCUAAGAUUUGCGCUUGCUUUUGAAAUGCGUUCGAUAUGGUGGCAUGGACACCACAGUGUUGAUUCUUGGCCAUUGUCGAUGUGAUGCCUGAAGUGGCAGUGCCUGAUGAUGUCAGCAGGGGCAGCCAUCAAUGUCAUGCCGGUGUUGUGGGUACGUAUCGCGGUAGUCGUAAUUCUAAUUGUUCAGUCACAUGCUAACUGUCUCUGUGAACAUCUUGCAUAGCAACGCCCGCAAGCAUGUGCACACGAUAGAGGCUGUGAGAAAAGUGCGUUUUCCUUUCGGUGUCACUGUGCAACCUGAAUUUUGGAGGUGUAUUGUGGUGACAGUACUUAAGUGUAGUAAAAUUUGGUUGCCUGCUCAUUUGUGGCUGUUGUAAUCCACAAGCUUUCGUUGGUGUUAUAUGUCUAUUAACUAACUGCUUGUAAGUUGUUUCUCCUGCUCUAUUUAAUGUCUGAUCCCUGAACCUGGAUGACUGUGAAACUGACGUUGACAGAAAGGCUUGCAUUUCAAGUUUCACUUUGUUGUCAUGCCUCUUUCUUUGCUUCUCCAGCCUGUGUGCAGACACAGUAGAAUAUGGGAUUCGGCCUUCAGUGAAAAAGUGCAUUACUAAUGGUACAUUUGACUAGUCACUUUCGAGCAUUUCGUGGUGUGGUUUACAUUCGGCUAGUUGAAGUCGAGCACUCAGAACACAUUCACGUAGUUCAUUCAGAGCGCCGUGGUCUAUUUCAGAGUUCUCGGUGGUGCUCCCCCUUCCAAGAGGGGAGCGCGAUGAAAAUAUGACCAAAUGUUGAUAAUGUGGUGGCUCCGAUAGCUCCCAGAGCUAUCAGAGAUAGCUAUCAGAACUAUCUCGCUCACUACAGCUCUUAGAGCUACUAUCUUGCUAUUGCACGGCCCCCUUCAAUAUGGGAGCACUACCAAAAUAAGACAAAUUCAGAUAACGUGGCUUCUUCAAUAGCUCUGGGAGCAGCUGAACGUUCAUCCUGGGCAUGCUUUCUCUGGCUGAAAUGAUGAAAGGCUGCUGUAUUGUUGCAAACUGAUUCGGAGCACGGUAAGAACCACUUGGCUAUACCGUUAGUAGAUGCGCUGCUGCUCUUUAAGUGCAGAUGUAAACUGUUGCUUCUGAAUGCCUGUCAUCGGUGCAUUUGCUGUAAUUGCCAGGAGGUGGUGUUUGUGCAUGCCCUCCAGUGCAACGACAUCGGUGCUUGCAAGUUACAUCGCCCUUCCAAUGGGACGACCAGUUUUGGUACCCCUUUUGUCUUGAGGCGUACACCUCGUGUCUCGUCCCGUGUCUCCCCUGUGGUAACACUACGAAGCAUGCCAGCUCUUUUCAACUCUUGAGCAUUUAUGGCCCCUUUCUUGCUGUGAUUGUUUUUUACAUGUCCUCGAUGCAGUUUACCCUUGACUUAUGUGCCGUGGUGACCCUGAACCUUGUGCGCAAUGUGGCAGUGUGUUUUAGCUGGGUGUGAAACCAGCGCUCUAAACAGCCUGGUAGUGCGAAUUAUGUGCGGCACUCAGGACGGUGACUGAAAGUUGCGUUGUUCACAUCUUAAAAGUGCUCGGAUUUGCCGUGUUUUUCAGCCACGUGAUACUCAUUUCUUUUUUCUUCUUUUUUUCUAUGGUUGAGGUAGUGCAUUCUGUAGUUGGUAGGUUACUUGGUGAGGCAUUUAUUAAAGGGCUUUAAUAGAGCUGCAGUGUGCCAACCUAUGAUAAAUUGAUGAUUUGGUUAAUGUGAGAAAGAAGAUACUCUCGUGCCUAAGCACUGAAAGAAAUGAAUGUUUGGCAGUAAUAACAUCUCAUAGCUUUUCUGGCCAUCUGCAGGAAGCCUUACUGCAAGAAAUGGAGCAUCCUUAUUUCAGCAGCCACCUUACCCCCUGGUUCUUUCACUUAGCAGAAAAGUUUGGAAAACAUUUUUGUGAAAGCUGUUGAUGCUUGAUACCUUGCCUAGGUGAUAGGUCUGAGUCGCUCGUUCAGUUUUGUGCUGGAGAGAUGUUAAUAUUUAUGCGAGUGCUUUUCAUUUCCAUGCGUUGCUGUCCAUGCGCUUUGUGUCAGUACACCAUACUGAUUAUUUAUUCAUCAGGCUUUUACCACACUAAGACACUGCUAGGUAGUUUAGUCCAUGUGCAACUUCUGCAGCCACAAAUCAAAAGGUUAUGUUUCGUCGUCAAUGGUAACGAGAGUGUUUUGUUGAGCAACGCAUCGCUGCCUGUCUGUCUUAAGGGGUCAUGGGCAUAUCAUGUUGUUGCGUGUACAUGUGAACGUUUCUAUUGUGAUGACUAAAAUGGGGUGUGCAUAAUGGUUUCUCAGUGUAUUCUUGAGCGAGUACUUUAUGAGAAUCGCUGUGUCGGUGUUGUGUAAUUGCACAUUCUCACCACCAUAAUGAUGGUUGUGUACAUUCUCAAGUGCAUCUUUGGGUAAAGGUAAGACAUAAUUUCCAGUACAGAGAGAUUCCUUUUCAUUGUUGCAUAUUGACGUUGCUGGGAGGUUGUGACAUAAGUGGCCUGAGUGAUUCUGGGAGCAGUACCACAAGCGGGGUAGUCACUUGGGCCAGUUGUUCGAGGUUCACUAUUAAGAACAAUUGAAACAUUGGGAUACAACAAGAAAGACAAAGAGGUAGGAGGCACAUGCGAGUGCUGACUCACAGCUGAUGGCUUUAUUUUCGAACAUAUGACAUGUAACAUAAAGGGUAGGGAUCAUUUGAAAGGCAUAGAUAGUACCAUGAUGCAGUUUUCACAAACGUGUCUGCAGAAGAACACGAGAUUCAAAGUUUAGUUCGAAGUUUGUUUAUUUGCCCAUUGAUUACAUGGUGAGACCCAAGGAAAAAGUUUCCAUUAGGGCAAUCGGACUCGAGAUCUUAAGAAAAACUGUGCUGAAGCCAGAUCUACCUGGAAAGUGUACCCGUUGGGUGCCGGACAAUAAGUUUGCAGAAACAUCGUUGCACUUCUUGCACGAUGCAGAGUUACUGGUUUUUGUUUGAGUUCCUUUUAUUCCCCAUGUGGCCCUUGCGGCAAAUCAUCCUCUCAAAAUAAUAAAAACGAAGCGUCUUGACAAGCCCACUACCAGCCCCUAUUACAUGCAGCAUUCAGCAAUCUAUUCGAGUAACAAUAUAAAAUUGAAGCAAAAAAAAAAGUCUUCGUAAUUAAAAAUCCAGCGAUAUUACAGCGAAGCAUUGUACUGCAAGAAUGAUUACACAUCCCACCAAUAGCUGUCGAAUGUGUCAGUAGUUUGUAAUGUGGAACACCAUGCCCGUGCCUAGCCAGGAGGCGGCACACCAGGCACGUGCAUGCCCCCCCUCCCCACUCUCAUUCACGUGAGUGCCCUCUGCAGAAAAAGAUAUCUUGCUACACCACUACACCACGCUAUGGCACUACCUGUUGGCAAAAAAUGUAGCUGUACAGGCAAUCAAAUUUUCUUGCCGUUAGAAAAAGAAUGUUGUCUUUGUAAGCAUUUUUGUGAAAACUGCAUAAUGCUACUAUCGUCUGCAUCUUUAGAGUUGCAUAUCUUCUUUCUUUUUUUGCGUUUCUUUUGAGUCACCCUGUAUGUUGUAUAUUCAGGGAUCAGCAUCGUGGAGAUCCAACCGCAGGUUUUAGUUGUCUUACAAUUUUCUUUUUCGUUGCGGAACCUGAUGCAAGCACCAGCGCAUAUGUUUAAUGUGUUUGAAGUAUGUAAUAACCUGUAAGUUCUAUAUGGCACUAGUCAAAUAUGUAUGUAGCUUUUAUCAGGAAAGCGUUCAGUUGUGAUUUGGCGGUUGUGUUGGCAACCUCGUUUUGCGCCAACGUUACAGGCAGCCAUGUGGCAACCAGAGGUUAGACUUGACAGCCUGACAGUUCGGCCCUCACUGGCUUCAAAGCUUGCAUAUAGUAACUCUUCCCCUGUAGGUGUGCUGUGCCUGAAAUUAGUGUUGUGAGCAUGGCUUAGCAAAGGCUUUUUCCCAUCAAUACAUCGGAACUGAGCAGAACGACAUUGAAGUUUGUCUCCCUGCUUGCAGUUUCAAGCUUUACUCGGUGCAGUGUCGGCCUGCAGUGAAGCAAAUGACAUGUGUCUGUUCCUUUAUUAGUACUGUUGCCCUGCUGUGUGUCAACCUUUUGGUGCCUCUAAAUCUUUAAAAUGAGCAAAUGAACAGUACAGUUCGCUGUUAAAGAGUACACCUAACCAGUAAAAAAGCCAUUAGUAUGACUGUAACAUUUCUUUUCCUUCAUCAUACAGUAGUGGCUGAUAUAGUAGUAAGUUAGGUGUACAUUUAGUCUUAAGAAAAUUUGUUAGUGGGCAUUAAUGACACGCCUUAGGAAUAAAUAAUGGCAGAAUACUAACCAUGCAUUUUCUUGUACUAGUGUAUGUGACCCUUUGAUUGAAAUCAUGAGACAAAGAGUAAAAUUUUCGACCAGAAUGAAGAGAGGGGGAAGCUUUCACACGCUUUAUCUGGAUUUUGAUUAAGCAAACUUGUGAAAACUCUGUAAUGUGCAGAUGGCCUUUGUCCAUGUGCAACAAGAAGACUUUCCCCAUUUGCUUAGUUUCAGAGAACCAGAGAAAAGUAGUGCCAUUUCAACAUGAGCUGUUCUAGCGUGUUCAGCCGAUCACUAUCAUGGCACUUGUUUUUUUUUUCCUCCAAACAAAAAUAAAGGAAGAAAGCUCUGGCUUCUGUGUGAGUAGUGAGCAUGUUGGCAGAGAUUCUGCGGUCAUAUCUCUGUGGCUUUCAAAACCCUUUAACGUCAAUUGUUUUUGAGGUUUUCGUUCCUUGAAAGGCCCAACAUAUUUUGGCUGUCAGCAUAGCUUCCAGUUUUUUCUCAGCACCUGUAUAAUAUUGUGUGAUGUAUGCGUUUGUAUGAAUCUCUACUGAAGUGAAAUCCUAUUGAUUUUUGUUUCCCAUGAUGAUAUAAGUAUAUUCCUUGGCUGCAUUUACAAAUUACGAAACUACCUACCUACGGAGGUUUACUGCCUUUUGUUGUCAUUGAUGUUUGCAAAUGGCCACUCCUGCAAACUGAGCGCUUGAUGCUCUGACAGUUCUGUGAUCCAUGUAUGGUACUUGCUUAGGGCGGAUACAAGAUGCUAGUUGCAGAUUUGUAUGCUUCUAUCCUGGAAACAUCAAAUCACUCAGUAAUAGAUGAAACAUCUUGAGCUGGGCAUAUUUGUUGACACCAUGAGAUUGGUACGUCUGCUAUCUAAUAUGCUAGCCUUCUGCAGCAUAUUUCGGCAGUGUGAAGCUGCCAUUGAGGUGGGGCAUGCUCGUUGCAUGCAGCUGUUUGCAUUUGAGAGAACUUCAUAUGACGAGCCCGUUUUUCGUGUGAUCUUGCUUUAAAUGAUCUGAAUGAGAUGCACUGUAAUUUUGCAGAUUUGCUUCUGUUUAUGGUUGACAAGCGUAGCGUCCAUAAAAAUGUUACAGCUUUAACCAGCAAUGUUUCAUCCCUUGAAUGUCUGUUAUGAGCCCCUGUUAUGUUUGAGCAACUGCAAGGAGGAAAAGCUUUUGUACGUUGAGCAAGCGAUGACAACAUCGUUUAUUCCGUAGAGUUUCGUAUAAAAAUCGCGUGGUGGAAAUCUUGCGGUAGUGUUUACAGUAGCUACAAAUGUGGCAGUUCAGACAGCAUGGCAAGAAUGUGUCGUGCACACAUGGAUUAGCCUAACUUCAUCCUUUUGUCUUAAAAUGACUUUGCGGCUCUGGAAAUGGGUCGCUUUCAAGGAAACAUUGCAUUAUAGAUGUGACAAUUUGCAAUGGUUGUGCAUGCAUGUAGGAAAUUAUUGCCUUCACAUCUUUUUUUUUUAAACAUGAUGGCUCAAUCGGAAAUUAAGGAAUGUAAAGCAUAACAAACAAAGUCACAAGAACAUGUGAAGCCAUGAGAAUGACGAUCUAUCUACUACAUCCACUGCUAUGCCCACGGUGGCCAAAUUAACAGCACCAGAUUUCAUUCUAACACGUUUAGGGAGAAGCUCUAUGGUUUGUUCCUGUAUGAUGGCGUGUAGAAUUUCUAGUUUAUUGCUUAGGGAGGUUUUUACAUAAGCUGUAAUGGUGCAUUGCCCUGUCAUAUUGUAGGCCACCUACUUGCUGAUAUGCCAUGGUGGUGUUGUGCCCGGUUAGUUUAAACUGGCACUUCUAAUGUGUGGGGCAUCAAAAACAUUUAGUUUCCUCUCUUUGUAUUUGGUUGCGAGCCAAACACUUUAUACAGCAUUUAUACUGCUUUACAGAGGCUUUGCAGCCAUGGAAGAUGCUGCUGUGCACAUUUUUGACAAGGCGUUUAUCCUAAUGCAUUAGCUUCUUUCAGGAGGCUGUCAUUUUGGCAGCGGUGUUGUGUCACCUCACGCAGUCUCUGUUGCAAGUUUCAAAGCCACUUUGUGAGUGUGCAGCAUGUGUCUCCAUAUGCUAAAUAAUUUGACAGAAAUGUCUGUCUGACUGCCGAGCAGCUGUGCUUGUCGGUGUUUAUUGGGUGCGGUGACCAGUGUUGCCUACCGAGCCUGGCAGGCCAACGAAGAUUAUGCCCUAAGGGGUGUCACAUGCUUGUUACAGUUGGGUAAUUUAAAUAGAAAGCUAUAAAGACAUAAGACCUGUCUCCAAGCUGUCUUGUGAGGCUGCUGUUUACUCACCUGAUGCAUGGAAGCUCAGAAGGGCUCUCAGUGUUGAAGCCAACAAUGUACAGCACUGCAAUACACAUAUAUUUGUAAUGUACAUGCUGUAUGCACUGUUUUGUUUCAACGAAGUCUCUUGCUUCUUUUUAAUUAGGGUCCACUUGUGUCCCAUGCUCAGCCUAAUGACAUGUCUGCUCAUGCAUAAGGUGGCUUGGUAGCUUUUGGCAGACUGCCUUUUGCCUGUGCGUUGAUUUGUUGGCUGAGGUCUGUUGUGCACAUGGGUGAUUGCAUUUAUACAUACCUUGUGACAAGCAUUUGGCUCUAUGUGUCAUAUCUGAUGACAGUCCUUGCUGCUUUGCUCUUAUUCUUGUCAUCGGUGCGGUACAGCUGGAGGAAGGUGCCACGUUGAGCUUGAUUUUUGCAUCACAGGACAUGCUGUUUACAUGACACACAAAUGUAUCUCGUGAAUCUUUGCUUAUUGCGCCAGAGCAUCUGUGUGAUCUUAAUAUUUCCCCGUUAUUAUUUCAUCAUUGAUGAUUUGCUGGCACGUGUGGCAUUCUUUCUCCUGCAGACCAACACUGCUGUGGAUCAGACCGGCAUCGAGGAAUAGCGAUGGCAGAUUCCACUGAGAAUCAAGCGCGAAUGGCUAGGAGAACACACUACACUGUGCGCCUGUCAAUUAUUCACUGUCAAGUGUGCUUAAGUAAAUUGUGACCGAGCUCGGUAUGCAUCAAAUACUGCUGCAUAUUCUUUUUCAAGCUUACAUAACUUCAAUCCUGCCCAGCUAAGUCACGCUUCACCAAUUACAGUUGAAGUUCCAGUACACAAUUGAAGGCACCAUCAGCAUACUCAGUUUCACUGAUCUAGUGUUCAUAAAAAAAAAGAGAGAGAAAUUAACUCGGAAAUAACUUCUACAAACUUAUGCUAAAUGCAAUAUAAUAACAUUUAAGAAUAAUGAUUUUGCUUAGUAUAGUGCAGGAAUUUCUAAAUCUAUGCUUGCUGUUGGCCGGGAAGCAGUGACUGCAAUAAUGAAAUUCCGCCUUGCCUUUAUCUAUACAACUAAAUGUAUAACUUUGCUUUGAUAAAAAUUGCCUCCUACAUUGUUUUUGCUAUAUCAGGUGCACCUCUGAACUAUUGUUCUGUGGUCUGGAUGCAUAUGAAUGCUGAUAAGCAUCUGGACAAACACUAUACUGAACCGCGUAGUUGUUUCAAUCACAUUUGAAAGUAUGGACACACAUUCCCUUUGACAUGGAUAAAAAUUACAAGUGAGAUGGGGCUGAAAGUUUACACACAACAACUACUGCAUUCAGGAGGUGUAUGUACUUAAAACGGAGCUGCGUCAGAACUGUUUUGAGGCACCAUGUUUCUCCUGGCUGUAGCCACUUUUGUUUUUCUGUUUUCACUUCACAAAAACUAAACACGUCAGUAUAACCUCAUUCAAUUGCUGUGCCAAUUACAGGUUUUUUGACGAACAAAAAACAAAGAGCAGUGCACAUUCAACUUUCAGGCUAUCUGUUUUCUUUGCCUCUGUUUCUUUGCUGUAGGAGUAAAGACACUCUGUCCAUUAGGCAGCACAAGUUUGUUUUUGUGUCCAGUGAUAACAGGAUGGACAGAUCAGAAAGCACAACUAUUUGAUUCUGAAUGCAGUACUCUCUGCAUACAGAGCAUUGCUCCUUUUGCUGGACUGUCAUUCAAGAGUGCUUAAAAUGGUUGCACAUACAAAAUUCAAGUUGUGUGCAGCAAGAUGUGAUCAUUCUCAAUCCGCUCCCUUGCUCCUGUUCCUUUGUGUGUGUGUUAAUAUGAAGGACUUACACAAGGGUAAAUGCCUCAACGUUGACGUUAUGUUGAUUCCCACUGUUGUAGAUCACAUGUACUUCUAUUUUUAGCAUGUUAUGUCCAAUGCCCUAUUGUCACUUAUGGUAUGAUGGCCCGAUGGUCUACUGCCUUGUCAAUGUGAAAUUGCAAUCGUUUUGGGCCAGUGAAACAUGCAAAUCAUAGCGCAGCCAUUCCCUAUACUAUUUCUCCAGCUAAUUUGUACAGAAAAUUCUGGAAGGAACACAGGAGUUGCAACUAUAAGAUUCAUAGUGUCAGUGUUUAUAAGUGUAUUUCAGUCAAACGAGAGCAUACCUAAUUGUGACCUUUUAUGCCUUUUCAAGUUGUUUUGUUGUCUAGUCACCUCCUGUACAAAAGUUUUUUUUUUUUUUUACAUAACACAGUCUUUAAAACAAAGACCCGUUCAAUUGUCUCGGUAAUACUAAAUAUUUGACAAAACCGUGGCAUUCAAUAUUUUGGUUUUACUAUGCUGAGCAUAUUUUUUAUCUAGAACGCUUCAGACUAUCCAGUCGUUUCACUUGGACAUGAAGACUGGUUAAAUAUUAUGGCAUAAUAACAUUUUUGGACACCCUUUGGCUUCAAGCACUUCAUAGAAGCACAGUGAUAUAAGGCGUCAUUAUUGUAAUCGAAGUGCUUUACGUCAUAAGAGGCACUCAUAAGUUUUCAGUAUGAGAAUCUCAUCUAGCAUUAAAUUGUUGUAAGGCUUUUGUGCUAAAGAAGAAUGUUGCCGAGGUUAUUGAUAAUUCUCUUGUAGCAGCUGUCUAUCAUCAAAAGACGUUUGCCAUUUUGUACAUGUAACUUUUGCCCGCCUAAGCCACAUGCAUAUUUUGUUAUGUGCCGCUACACUUUAGUAUUUUGUUUUAAAAUCACCUCUGUGUUGUUGUGCAUUCAGUGCAUUGAUUAUUCAUGAGAUAUUAUACAUUGCAAAUACAUUGUCUAGGUUUAUGAGAUAACCUUUAGUUGAAACUAGAGAGGUCCCAGUUGCUGGUUCUGUGAAAUGUAUGGGCACUAGUUGGAGAGCUCUUUUGCUCUCAUUUUAUUACGAUGCAUGUUGCUUCACAAUGUGCUAUGUCGUACUUGUUUGAAACUUUGGGCCAGAGCUGGAAAGAUGUAUAAUGGAUGAGGUAUUAUUUCUGUAGACUGCCAUUUUCUCGAGUUGCACUUGGGUGCCUGUGUGAAUUUCCAAAUUACUAUUUAGGAUAUAUGUCAGCCUUCUUACACAUUCAUGUUCAGCAUCCGGUUAAAUAUUUCAGUUUUGCACUGUUCUUUAAAAUGGCACUCGCAUAUUUUAUAGAGACUAGUUUGUGGGCAAGCUUUGCAUAUAGUGUGCGUGUCUUUGCGUACAUGCAUACUCUCUGUAUUAGACGAGUUACUAUUUUUCUCAUGUUGAUUUUUUCUUUUUUUCCUGUUUUUAUUUCUGGGUAUUGCAUUCCUUUUUAAUCAAAUACCUUUAUAGAGGGCAAGAUUUUGAGAAAUGUGCAUUUUUAAAAUAUGUGUAAUCUAGUCCACAAUGAUGUGAUGAAGAGCUUCUAUUCAUGGAAGGCAUUGCAGGGGCCACUUGAUGCUUUGACUUAGCCACUGUGUAAGAAUAGACAGGUGUCUCAACUGCGUCAGCUGUCUCCAAGGUGUGCUGACUGAGACUGUGCUCACGUUUCCUUUAUCCGCCAGCAGGGGUGCUGCACUGUUGAGGGCAUCAUUUUCCGUCGUCUGCUAGCAGUGUGAUGCCCGUCGCUCACAUAUUUUGCUGCAGAAUGCCCUAAUAACGAACGAUGUUACUUCUCCUGUGGCUCUACUAGCUCUUGCCCAUUCUUUAUUUAUUGGUGCUCACGAUGUGAAGAAAAAUUGAAUAAAUAGCUAGGAACUGCUUACUGAACCACCCGUUUAGUCUUGAUUUACAGUGUAGUCAUCCAGGAUUGCACAGUCUUGGGGAAUUUCAGCAAUUUUUCUGCCUUCGCGUGUCGAGAUGUGCAGGCAUUUUGUGUGAAGUGAAAAUUCCUGCACCGUUGCCCCAAUUGUGCAUCAGCGUACAGGCAGUGAUAGAGAUGUAUUGUGCGGUCCAUGCCGUGCGCACAUUUCUGUUUGGAUGUACAAGAACCUUCAAAAUUGCUCACUUGUGAGUGCAAAGCAGUAUUUUGUUCCUCUCUCUACACACUGUUCUCAUCAUAAACAAUUGCUGUAGCAUUAUUCUAGCUGUCGUGUGCAUUGUGCAUAUAUUAACAUCUGCUGCGUUGGGAAAUGUCUGUGCAGUUGCGUACGUGUGUUUUCUUUCUUUUUGCCCCAGCGUGCAAUGUUAGCAUUCAGACAAGGUGGACACUACUUGGUGUAAAGCAAACUUGAAUGGAGUAACUUGUAAUUUACCCUACUUUAGAAUAGCUAAUAUUAUAAGCAGCUUAAUUGCACAGUCGGCAUGCAUGCUAACCUCGCACAAAUUGCUGCACCUGGCCUGGCAAGCCACAGUCCCCCGCCUUCGGCGCACAACUUGAAAAAUGGAACAGUUGCUCUUUUAUUCCUCCAGCGCAUGCGUUCUGGACACUCUGUGCUGUUAAUAAUUUGAUAAUGUAUCUGAUGGGGCAACUCUAAAGGCAGCAGGUGCUCUCGCUUCAACAUGGCAAACAGUUUUCUGGAACAACAAAAGGCAUAAGCACAAGCUACAUAACAUUGAGUUCAAUUGGGAGAGCCAACUACUUGUUGUGAUCAUGAAUAACUUAAAAAAUUGCCUUCCUGUGCAUUGUGCUGUACCAGAAAAUUCUGAAACCAGGACCUAGUACCCCCAGGAAUUCUUUAAUUGUGGCUUCACAGCAAUCAUUCAAGCAAAAAAAGUAACACUCACAUUCAAGAUGAAGAGCACUUAAUACUGUGGUUGUUUAAAUGCACUAUUUUUGUUCUGUCGGAGCUCCUUCGCAUUUUUGUACAUGAUCAUGGCAAUCACGCUGUAGAAUUCCAUACUUUCAUGCUGGAGAAUAAUUCCCCCUGUGCUUCUGCGCCCCUGCCAAGACAGACAAAAACUACGAACAAGGAACAAACCGAUUCGCAAGCGUUGUUGAGACAGCUGUCUGUUCUUAUACGGUGGACUUAGCUGAGCCAAGGUAUGCUUGCAAGUAUGAAUGGGGUAGACUUAGUGCAUGGGGAAGGAAGGCUCGGAUGACUCUACACAAUUAAAGUGUCGAUAAGAAGGAAAGUUUAUAAGAUGUAUAAUGCUAGUUAAUGACUGCGGAUCCUUGAUGCCUCUUGUGGAUAUGUGGGCAGGACAGGGUCCUUUGCUUUCCAAUACUCUGUUUUGUACACAGUAGGCAGUGCUGUGAAGGUUAGAGCUAGAGUGAAUUUCCAACCAAAAAUUUCUACACCACAUAUAAAAACAAAUGUAUUAGUGUACAAUGAAGUUUAACAGUGAAUCCGUAUGCUAUAAUCAUGUUUACAAAGAAAUUGGUACAUAGAAAACAAUGCCCAUCUGAAUGUACUCAGGAACAGAUGGAGUUUCACGUUAGUAUGGCUGCACAGCUUGCACAACUUCCAUUGUCAGAUGCAGGUGCUUGUGAGCAGUACACAGUACAUCAUGUACUGGAAACACAAAAAUGCACAAACAAUGUAUGACCUGAUGGAUCAUUAGCUGCAGGAGUUAAAUACUAUGUGGAGGUAUCUGUGACAGGUGCCGCAUAUCAAAAAUACUCGUCAUGCAUUGAGAUCAAAGAUAUGCGAGCUUCUGUAGCUUCUGCAGGGCAUUGCCUGCUAGGUAUUUAACAGAGUGUAACCGAACUAGCAUUGGACAAUUGAGCCACAGUGGUUGCUAGGAGAUGUAGGGCAACUGCUGAAAGUGCUUCUUUGCACACACUGUGCUCUUACUGAUGUAUUUCCUUACACUGUCUGGCUGCAUCAACUGUGUGGUGGGCUUGACAGAAUCAAUUUCACUCUCGUGCGCUUCUGCUUCCAUGUUUGCUUUCCCUGAAUGCACCGGUUGGUGCUGUAGCAUAGAGGUGCAUUUCAUUGUUUGAUGUUGUACAAGCGUCGGCCUACCAUCCGUAGCUUCCCAACGUGUUCACAGAUUAGUUGGCUUGCUAAGAACACUUGCUUGUGUCUGCCUUCUUUUGUGUUGUGCUCUGAAGUGCACAAACCCAGGUGAACGCUAAUGCCUUAAAACUCGAUGCCCCGAUGGCUGUUCAACUCCACAGCCUUUUCUUCCAGUGCCUGCAUGGACGAACGCAUUCCCGCAAAUCCCAAAUAGAGCACAUAUCUAAGUAAUCGAAUGAUGUUAUUUAAGCCAUUGUUGUUUCAUGUUCUGGUGUGGUUAUAUGAAUCUCUCGUUCUCGCAAUAGCCGCUUAUUUCUAUUUCGAGAUAAAUAAAAGUUAUUUUGAGUGGA